AUGCACUCCCACUCCCACUCGCCGCCGUCUCUCCAUGCGUUGAAGUCGACAAUGUCCAACGGCGGGCUGCAUACCCACAGCCAGAGCCAAGACUCGACCGGCCACGUACACGACCACGAUCAUUCCCAUUCCCACUCCCAUUCCCACAACCACAAUGGCCACGCCCACGGUCACAGCCACGGCCACUCGCACGGUCGGGCGAAUUCCAGUCAAUCAUUUCAACCACGAGACAGGACGGCGCCGCGCUCUCUCGCGACCAUGGAUGGGUGGAAGACGGACGUCACCCCGAGCGGACGCCAGCUCCUGACGCCGACGAAUGGUUCUUUCUCAGAGGCCUUCCAGCCGCUCGAUGGCGUAGCGACGAAAGAGCACCACCGUGACCACGACCACGAUCACGAUCACGACCAUGGGCACGCACACGAUCACGGCCAUUGCCACGGGCACGACCAUGGCCACAGUCAUUCCCACAGCCACGCCCACGACCACUCGACGCCGUCGCUAUUUACGAGGCUCGUUCUCCGAUACACACCGGCUAUUCCGUUUUUGCACACAAUUGUCGUGGAGAAGGAUUCAAGGCGAAUUUUCUACUUCAUGACCCUCAACUUCAGCUUCAUGGCCGUGCAGGCCUUCUACGGAUACGUCACCGAUUCCCUCGGCCUCCUCAGCGACACGAUCCACAUGUUCUUCGACUGCUUCGCCCUGUUUGUUGGUCUUUGUGCUGCGGUGACGAGCAAGUGGCCGCAGACCCAGCGGUUCCCCUUUGGACUUGGAAAGGUCGAGACACUGAGCGGCUUCGCCAAUGGCAUUCUGCUGAUGCUCCUGAGCGUAGAGAUCAUCGUGGAGGCGUUUGAACGGAUAUGGGAAGGUCAAGAACUCCACCGCCUCAGGGAACUGCUCAUCGUCAGCUUCCUCGGCGGCGUGAUCAACCUGCUGGGUCUCUGGGGAUUCGGUCACCACCACCACGGCCAUGACCACUCCCACGGGCACUCGCACGACGGACACGAUCACGGUCACGAUCACUCGCACGGCAAGAAGCACAGCCACGCGCACUCCCAUCAUAACGACAACAUGGAGGGUAUUUUUCUGCAUGUUCUGGCCGAUACGAUGGGCAGCGCCUCGGUGGUGCUCUCGACGAUCCUCACCUACUACACCGGCUGGACCUUCUGGGACCCGCUGGCGUCGUGCGCCAUCGCCAUCCUCAUCUUCCUCGCCGCCAUCCCCCUCAUCAAGUCCUCGGCGCGCAACCUGCUCCUCAACAUCCCCGACGACAUCGAGUACAACCUGCGCAACACGCUCGCGGGGAUCCUGCAGCAGAAGGGGGUCGUCAACUACUCGGUGCCCAAGUUCUGGAUGGACGACCGCAGCAGCGAGGACUCGGGCGACAGGCUGCAGGGCAUCGUGCACGUGGUGGCGGCCCGCGGCGCCGGCCUCGACGAGGUGCGCGACCGCGUGCGUGAGUACCUCCUCAAGCACUCGAUGGACAUAGUGGUCCAGGUCGAGAGGGAAGGGGACGGCAGCUGCUGGUGCGGCGUUGGGCGAUCGACGGGCAUCGCGACGACGCCGUUGAAGAGGACGUUUUAG